CUUCUUCCUUUGAUUCUGAGGCCAUAUAUAAAGGGGUCGGUGGAUCGCAGGGCAUACAACUGCGCGCUAUGAAGAGCUGUUUGUUCCUGUCUCUCUUCCUCCUCGCCUCCGGGCAGGACACCUGUGACCUGCCAUGCCACUACCACUUGGACCCCGUGUGUGGCUCGGACGGGGUCACGUACCCCAAUCUAUGCAGUCUCCAGGUCGCCGACUGCCGAAGUGACGAAGACAUAACGUUGGCUCACCCGGGGGAGUGCCAAGCGCCUUGUGACGUCGGCUGCCCCUACAACCACGACCCCGUGUGUGGCUCCGACGGGGUCACGUACCCCAACCUGUGCAGCCUCCAGGUCGUCGACUGCCUUAGCGAUGAAGACAUUACUCUGGCAUACCCGGGAGAAUGCCAGGCGAGGCGGGAAACGUGUGACCUCCUCUGCCCCGCCAACUAUGACCCCGUGUGUGGCUCCGACGGGGUCACGUACCCCAACCUGUGCAAUCUGCUGGCCGCCGACUGUCUCAGUGAGAACAAUAUAACCUUGGCUCACCCGGGGGAGUGCCAAGCGCCUUGUGACGUCGGCUGCCCCUACAACUACGACCCCGUGUGUGGCUCCGACGGGGUCACGUACCCCAACCUGUGCAGCCUCCAGGUCGUCGACUGCCUUAGCGAUGAAGACCUAACGCUGGCUUACCCGGGCGAGUGCAAAGAAAACUGUGACCUCGCCUGCCCCGCCAACUAUGACCCCGUGUGUGGCUCCGACGGGGUCACAUACUCCAACCUGUGCAACUUGCAGGUCGCCGACUGCAUUAGCGAUGAAGACCUAACGCUGGCACACACAGGCCCUUGUUAACGAAGGAAAUGUUGGUCGACAUAACUUCUAAGAUUGUGUUUGUCUGUCAGUCAUAAUAACAGUAACGAAAAUAAGUAAAUAUAGAUGAUUGUUAUGUAAGUGUUAUCGUUAAAUCGUAUUGUAUGAUUCGUGUUGUGAAAUGUAUUGUAAAAAUAACAUAUAUAGUUUAUAGGGCUGUCCAGAAUUGAUGUUAUUUGAGUUAACUUUAAUUAAAUUGAUAGGUCUA